GUUGAGUUGAAUAUGGGAAAUGAGAUGGGAAACAAUAACACGUCUGAGUUUAGAGAGGAAGAAAAGGCAAAAUCUGAAGGUCCAGAAAAAUCAUUACCAGAAGGCGGGGCAAAUGAAGUCGAAGCGGAUGAAGUUGCAGGCUGCCUCCAAAAAGAGGCGAGGCCGAGUUCUGGUGAGGCAGAUAGAGAAAAUGGAGAUCAUGUCACAGAAAAAGAGGAAAAAAAUAAAGCAUGUAAUAUAGAAGAGUUUCAAAUGGUUCCUAAGAGAUUACCUGACCGAACUAAAGAGGAUAAUGAAGUCGACAUCAAGUGUAAAGAAUAUAAAGAAAUGGAGUUCGACUCGGAAGAGAAUAGAUCCAAUGGAAAUGAGCACGAGCAUGAAAAGCAGGCUUCAAAUCAGAAAGAGGAACAAGGGGAGAGAGGUUCCAAUUUGAACACAGCAGUACUUUCAUUAGGUGAGCCGGGACUUGAGAAGAUUACAGAUUUCAAAGGUAAUCAGCAUGAAUUGCUAGCCGAAUCAUUGAUAGAAGACAGCAACAAAUCCCCAGAAGAAUGCAAGGACGCUUUGGAAUUGAGCUUGAACCAUUCAGCAGAUUGUGCCAUGGCAGAUUCAGAAGAAAAUACCAAUAUGGAUCAAGUUAUUGAUACUGACCGAGAUACUGAUAGGGAAAAUGAUGGAGAGAAGAGAAAAGGUUCCAACUUCGACAUGAUAACAUAUGCAUCAAAAGAUCCAAAUUCUGAAAAUAGUCCAGAUCUUAAGUCUAUGCAGCAUGAGUCAUCUGAAACCAACGCUAAAUCAUUGACAGGAUCAAGUGAUGAUGGAGACACAGAUAUGGAGAAGAAAAAAGGUGAUCUAGUAGAGCCAAGGCCAUGCCAUGGAUAUACAAUACCAGCUGCCAAAAAUGUUGAUACUAAAGAUGAAGGAACUGCGAUCGAUUUGAUAUGUCAUAAUUCUUCAUGUUCACUAGCAGAAGAGAGUUUGGUGAUAGAAUCACCAAAGUCAUUCAUGCAAGUUCCUGAGGUUGAAGAAAGAUGCACGGUUUUGAAAGAAGAAUUCCAAUUAAGAGAAGAGCAUUUGGGAACUGAAACAGUCGUUCAAGACAAUAUUCCAACUCAAUCUAAGAUUUCAAAUGGGGUCCAAGGGGAAUUUAACACGAUUGGGUCACAUUCCGAGAACAGUGCAGAAAAAACUGAAGUUUUUCCUGAAUUUGUUGCCAAGUCCAAGAAUGAGAAGGAGGCUCCUGGAGAGGAUUGCGAGGAUUCAGAUGGAGAAUAUCUAGAAAUUUCUGAACAAGGUACGGAUAUUUCAAAUUUAUCUAUUGGAGAUUACAAGCAUAAGCAUGAGGAUAAGGGAGAGACGACGGAAGUUUCAACAAACAAUGGACAUGAAGGGGAAAGACGAGAACCAGAUCAUGAAAGCCUAUUUGAACCUGUUUUAGGGUUUCAACAUCAAAUCCAGCAAAAGGAAACUUCAAUCACAUUUCAAACUGCAGAAAGUACAGCUCAAUCAAUCUCAGCACCGAGACAAGAAACCUGUACAGUAACUGAAAAAUCCAAGUACAAUCCCUCGGAUUCCCCAAGUUAUAUCCAAACAGCUUCAGCAACACUCACAGAAACUAAACCAUCGACAAAUCCGAUGGACGAACAGAGUUUUACGGCACUUCCAUUCUCCACAUUCGGAGGAGAAGAUCAAGAAUCUCCAGGAAGAACAAGCAACGAAUCAACUUCCGAAAAUUCAAUUGGUCAUAUCGAGAUGCGUAAAUCGCCUAGCUUCAAUAUAGAUAUCCAAAGCGAAGGAAGGGAAGGAGAAACAGAGAAAACUCCAUUGCUAUACCAAAUUAAGACAAUCGAAGACUUACCAAAUCUGCAGGAGAUUAGCUUCCCAAAUCCAAUGGAGAAACGAGUUGUGAAGUUAGGAAGAAGCGAUUCAGAGAAUUCGAGACCUUCUUUCCCAGGGUUUGCGAAGGAAAGAGAAGAACCUGGUAUGGAAUUCAAAGCAAUCGAUCAAAACAACUUCGCCACCGAUAAUAAGGCAGCAAAAGACUUACCACCGCCAUCGCCGAUCCGUAAAGGGAAGCGCAGAACGAAAUCCCUAAUUUUUGGGACCUGCAUCUGCUGUGCUACAGCGAUCAAUUGAAGGAAUUUUGUCGAGAUCAUUAACAUCCGCAUUGGAGUUUCAGAGUGGUUUUCUUUCAAUAAUUUUUCUUUCUUUUUUUUUUUUUUUUUUUUUUUUUU